GCGGACAUCAGAUUAACGAGUCGUAACAGGAGCAGAGACAAAGACACCCUGUCAGCCUGAGUUCAGCUACCGACGCUCAUCGCAGGACGUCCACCGGCUGGAUAUUCGUUUUAUUCCAGUUCCUCCUCCACAUUUCCCUGUUUUUUUCGUGUGAUCUGGUUUUUUUGGACUCAUCGCAACCAUGUCGACGGCUGUGGAGGCAACCGGGUUCAUCAUGUGCAUCGUCAGCUGGCUGGUCACCGGGGCGGCGCUGGUCAACGACUACUGGAAGAUCUCCACCGUGUCCGGCAGCGUCAUCAUCUCCCAGAGGCAGUUCGAGAACCUGUGGCACUCCUGUGCCGAGAACAGCGGCGGCAUCGCCGAGUGUCGGGACUUUGAAUCGAUGCUCGCCCUUCCCGGUCACGUCCAGGCCUGCCGCGCUCUCAUGAUCAUCUCCCUGCUGCUGGGCCUCGGCUGCCUCAUCGUGUCUCUGCUCGGCCUCAAGUGCAUCAAGAUCGGCUCCACCGCCGAGGAGUCCAAGGCCAAGAUCGCCACCAUCGGGGGGAUCCUGAGCAUCCUGGGAGGUCUGUGCUGCAUGACGGCCUGUUCCUGGUACGGGUUCCAGGUCGUGGAGGAUUUCCACAACCCGUUCAACGGGGGAGUGAGGUUUGAGCUGGGCACCGGGCUCUACCUGGGCUGGGCCGGGGCCUCCCUGUCUAUCCUGGGCGGGGCCAUGCUCUGCACCGCCUGUAAGAGGGCGACGCCUGGUGGCAAGAAAGGCUACUAUUCCAACCCCCCCCAGAAGGUUUACACCGCUACAGCCAAGUCUGACCGGGAGUCGUCCAGAGCCUACGUCUAAACACACACACACACACACACACACACACACACACACACACACACACACACACACACACACACACACACACACACACACACACACACACACACACACACACACACACACACACACACACACACACACACACACACACCUCGUCCACUUCCUGAAGGCUCACUUGAACUUGAAGCUUUUUCUGUUUUGAAUAAAAGACGAUAGUCUUCUGAGUGUUCGGCUGGAGGACGUCCCUGCAGGGUCCUCCAGUCCUCUCUAUGUCCCGGUCCCACACAGACCAACCGAGCUGUCUCCUGUCUCCUGUCUCCUGUCCCCGUGUAGCUUACAUGUUUUUGACGUUUUUCACUUGAAAUCUUAUGAAUACUGAAGGAUUGUUGAUCAUUGCUGGUGGUUGUAAUUAACCUGUUUGUUUUUGCUUAAUAAACUUUAUAUUACUCAACAAA